AAUGAGGUGACUGACAGUGCUUACAUGGGCUCAGAGAGCACGUACAGCGAGUGCGAAACCUUCACGGAUGAAGACACCAGCACACUAGUACAUCACGAGAUGCACGACGAAGUAGAAACGGAUAGUGCCAUCGACUCCACCGUGCACUCGGAGUUCACGGAUCCCAUCGAGGAGCCGGAGCAUGGAUCCCAUCCGCACGACCUGCCCCUGGGCUCGGACCUCAGCCACUCCAUCGUUACGGUCAUUAGCGGAGAGGAGCAUUUUGAGGAUUACGGAGAAGGGAAUGAAGCAGAUUUGUUCUCGGACAGCUUGUGUAAUGGGGAAAGCAGCUUUAAUAGCUCCUCGUUCCUCUCUCCCAGUCCACAUAAAAGGCUCUCAAGCAAGAAGGUGGCAAGACAGUUGCAUCAGACGAGCACGCUGUCCGUGGGGGUGAUGGAAGGGUCUUACCGGGAUACGCUGGAGUGUACAGAAGAGGACAUCACGGACAAGGUAGUCUUUCUGGAGAAGCGGGUGACGGAGCUGGAGAAGGACACUGCUGCUAAUGGCGAGCAGCACAGCCGCCUCAAGCAAGAAAACCUGCAGCUCGUGCACAGAGCAAAUGCUCUCGAGGAACAGCUGAAGGAGCAGGAGCUGAGAGCUGACCAAACACUCCUGGAGGAGAUCAAGAAGCAGAGGGAGCUGCUGAGCAAAAUGGAGAGGGAGAAGAGCAUUGAGAUUGAGAACCUGCAGGCCAGGCUGCAGCAACUGGAUGAUGAGAACAGCGAGCUGAGAUCCUGUGUCCCUUGUUUAAAAGCUAACAUUGAAAGACUAGAGGAGGAGAAGCAGAAGCUGCUGGAUGAGAUCGAAGACCUCACUGUGCAGCUCACAGAGGAGCAGGAGAAAAAGAGGAAGAUGGGGGACAAGCUGAGUCAGGAGAGGCACCAGUUUCAGAAGGAGAAGGAGUCGACGCAGGAGCUCAUUGAGGACCUCAGGAAGCAGCUCGAGCACUUGCAGCUCUUCAAACUGGAAGCUGAGCAGCGAAGAGGCAGGAGCAGCAGCAUGGGGCUCCAGGAAUACAACAGCAGGACGCGGGAGACGGAGCUGGAGCAAGAGAUCAAGCAGCUCAAGCAGGAUAACAGGAGCCUGAAGGAGCAGAACGAUGAACUGAACGGGCAGAUCAUUAACUUGAGCAUCCAGGGAGCCAAGAACCUCUUCUCAGCCUCCUUCUCUGAAUCCCUGGCAGCAGAGAUCAGCUCAGUCUCCAGAGACGAGCUCAUGGAAGCAAUCCAGAAGCAAGAGGAGAUCAACUUCCGCCUGCAGGAUUACAUCGACAGGAUCAUCGUGGCCAUCAUGGAGACGAAUCCCUCCAUCCUGGAAGUGAAGUAAGGGCGGCCAAGAGCCGCCGGCUGUGCGCUCGUCGAUGGGUGUGGAUCUGGUGCUCUGAGAGGCUAAAGAGGGACCCGAAACGUCUUUGCUCUUGAUGAAGGCACAAGGAAGCAUCGCGUCGGAUUGGUGGGUGAAUUAGCCAGCGGACCAGGGGAAAAAGAAAAUCGGCAGCAAUGCUUUGUUGUCUGACUCUGUUAUUUUGAAACCCUUCUGGUUUUGAGGGGUGAAAGGGAACCUGGAGAAGAAACACAGGCAACGGACAGCCGGAGGAAGGACCCGCAUCGGCCCCGCUACCCGUGAAGCUGGGAACUGUCCUGACAGCGGCGUCAGACCCUCUGGCGUGCGGGGUGCGAACAGGAGCUGUAAGGAGAGGAUUUCUCUGAACUGCGGGAUAACGGGACGGAGGAGGAAGCGACGGAGCUGAUGUUUUUUCCCUUGCUGCCCUGUCCCGCCCAAGUAUCUGCUUUGCCAAAGUGUCCCUGACACACUCACUCACUGGGGCAGAUCUGGGAAAGAGGGAAACGCGUCCCGGACUUGUAAAGGUGGUUUUUUGGUUUUGUUUUUUUUUUUAAUUAACUUAAUGCAAAUGUCCUCAUUCAGCUGGCGCAGUUAAUCCUUGCCCUGCCGCUUCUGCUCGGGAAGGGGUUGCGUAGAGAGAGCUACCUGGCUCUUCUCUCGCUCGCCGGUGGCAGAAGGAAGCAGGGGAGCAGCCGUUUUCGGGACAGGGCGUAAGCGCGCUUUGUCACCUGCCUCCUUAUUUAUUUUUGCUGUCCGUGGCUCACUACCGUCGGCACGCCUUGGUGUUCCUGGCUCUGCUGCCCUCCUCCCCCCUCCCGGCUCUUCUGCCAGCCGCUGCGGGGUCUGCGGGCAUCUGUUGAGCCGGGCUGGCUCUGGGAGGAGAGGUCCCCUCGGCCCCAGCUGCAGACACACGGGUGCUGUCUGUCCAGCCUGCAGCGACUGGGGGAAAGGCUGUGACUCUUCAACUUGCACUGGAGGCUGUUCCUGGCCCCCUCUCCCUGUCCCGGCUUGGCUCGCCUGGCGCAGCACAGGGGCACGCAGCGGCCGAGGGCGGUCGGGGUCAGGUCUGGACCCACUGUGGGAGCCCCAGCCGGAGAGAGCCGAGCUCUCCACGUUGCCUCCCAAGGUCCCUGGCCUGGGGACAGUGGCCUGUGCCAUUCCCACCCGGAGCAGGGCUCUGCUGGUGAUAGCUGCAGUCCUGGAGGGAGAGCCCGCUCCGCCUGCCUUUCCCCGCUGUUUCCCUGUGCUGCGGCAGGGGACGGAGCCGCUGCUCUCAUUUCUCAGCCCCUGGCAUCAGCCUGGGCUGAAAUCUCUAUGCCGUUGGGGAGAGGAGACCAGAGAAUACAACAGCAGCUCCCUGGGAAACAAAAGCCAUGUUUACAUCAGACAGCUUUUGGCUUGCUGGCACAAGCGGCCGCGGUGUAGCGUGACCCCAGGGAGCAGCCACUUUAACUGACCCGCUCCUCUCCGGCUCCCGGGAGGAGACAGCCGGCAGACUCCCAAGGAUCCAGCUUCAAUUAGUACAUCGGGCCCCAAAAAGCAGUUCUUUUUCUUGCUUGUCAGGUUUUAGAAAUGCCAGAGUGGCCUGAAAACAG